AUGCCCAAAAGGCUCAUCGAAGUGACCACUACCGCAGCUUCGGGGAGUCUUUACGCUCGAUUGGUCACAAACCCCACGCCAGGUCGUUAUGCCGCGCUGAGCUACUGCUGGGGCGGUGACCAAAAGUCCAAGACCAUCAGAAGUGUUUUGGGUACCUACGAGAAAGAAAUCCUAAUGGGAUGCGUUGACAGUAACACACGGUAUCGGCCUCCGCUACCUCUGGGUGACGCCAUGGCAAUCGUUCAAGACGACGAUGAGGACAGAGACGAGCAGAUAUCCCAGAUGCACCGCAUCUACCUCGGCGCCUCCUUCACCAUCGUCGCAGCAAAGGCAGUGACCAGCCUUGACGGUUUUUUCGCCCCAAGAGCAAAGUACCAGCCCUCCAUCAUCUCCGCCCGGCUGGAUGACAACGUCUUUGGGGAAAUACUUGCCUUUCCAAAGCACGAUAUCCUCAGUGACUAUAACCUCUUUACUCGCGGUUUGACAUUUCAGGAGACGCAGCUCUCGACAAGGAUACUGGCGUAUGGCUUGUAUGAAUUGAUGUACUCGUGUUUAGAGGGCAGGCAUCGGGAUGGUGGAUACGAGCAUGUGUUCGAUCCGCCACCGGCUUCAAUCUACCUGCGCGACACGAGCGACGAUCCUGCAGCACAAAUGGUGGAGAAUCUCGACCCGGGAAAUCAAAAGCUGGGGCGGGAUGAACAGAUCAACAGUGGUUGA